AUGUUCCGAACCAAAUCCAACUCUUCCUUGGCAUCCAAAGCCUCCAGGCUCAGCAAAAAGGAGCUCAAGAUGAUGCACGCUCAGGACCACCUGUCUGGAAGACCUGGCCACCUCGACCCUGGACAACAGCACCAGCUGAAGAAGUUUAGGCAAAUCGUGCGUAUCUUGCAUGCGUGCGCACAUUGCAGGCUGGCUGGUGCGGUGCGAGGAGUUGCGCAAAACCCCGGCUGGCUUUGGGGUGAUUGCUUGAACAGCGCUCAUAGAGGAUUCGGUCGCGCGCUGGCUGCUGAGAAGCGCAAGACGUAGCAACGUGACGCGGCAUGAAUGCGUAGUCAACUCUCGGAACGCUGUAUGCUGACAAGCACUCUAUGCCCGACCUCCUGCUGCCGCAGAUCGAGGAGAAGGGCUUGUACGACCCACUUCGACACGACGAGGCUUGCAGUAAGUCUUGCCUUUCGCGUCCCUCUACGCACGCACCCCUCUGAUGUCUCUUGCCACCCUGCACUCCUUCAAUGCUCCAGUGUGCCGCUUCCUGCGAGCGCGCAAAUGGGAUCUGAACGCAGCAUUGGAGAUGUUCGAAGCGGCGGAAAAGUGGAGAAAGGAGUUCAAAGUGGAUGAGCUGUACCACCAAUUCGAGUACCCCGAAAAGCAAGAGGUGGACAAAUACUACCCGCAAUUCUAUCACAAGACGGACAAUGUGAGUGCGAUUGCUGGUCGGACACUUCGGUCAGGGGUUGGCUUGUAUGCGGGCUGUUUGGGCUCUCCAGGGGCGGUGUGGAGCACAUGGCGAAUUUGGUGGCAAGUCCAAGCGCAUACCAAAUCAAGUGCCGGGAAGGUAUGCUCUUCACAACCUCUCGCGCACAGACGCUGCAAAAAGCAGAGUCUGCUAAAGUUUGGGGACUGCGCACAGCGCGCGUCAUGGAGCGCUCUCCAUGAAGUGUCAUAUUCAUCUGGCAGCCCUCUGAUCAUUCCAUCUUGUCAUGCAGGACGGGCGACCAAUCUACAUUGAGCAGCUUGGAAAAUUGGACCUUAGGGCGUUGUACCAGGUGUGAGUCAUGCGUCGAGUCAGGCGAUGUGCAAACUCCAGUUGACCCUGUCCGCCUUCAUGUUUGGGGCGAACAAAGGACCACGCCCGAGAGGCAAUUGCAGAAGCUCGUUGUGGAGUACGAAAAGUUUCAACGCGAGAGAUUGCCGGUGGUGUCCAAAGAAAGAGGAGAGCUCGUCGAGACGAGCUGCACGAUCAUGGACCUCAAGAAUGUGGGCGUGGGUCAAUUCUGGAAGGUGCGUCGCGGGAGGGCUGCGUUACGCGCAUACGGGCGUGCUCAUGAUAAUCAUCGCCCCCCUCCCCGCCCAGGUCUCCACUUACGUGCAGCAAGCUAGCAACAUCGGCCAGCACUACUACCCAGAGACGAUGGGCAAGUUCUACAUCAUUGUGGGUAGCAGAGACGUACGCGCAGAGCUUGGACAAAUCGCUAAUUCUGUCUGCUCGCCUUUACAGAAUGCGCCCUACAUCUUCACCACCGUUUGGUCCGUGGUGAAAGGCUGGUUGGAUCCGGUGACAGUCGAAAAGAUUAGAAUUCUUGGCAGUGGAUACGAAAAGGAGUUGACGGAGCAGGUGAGUGCACGCACGCACGCACGCAGGUAAUGGGGGCGUUGCGAAACGGCGAAUCACGCUGUUCUAAAUCCUCUGCUGCUCUUGCACAGAUCCCGCCCGAAAACCUGCCUGCUAGCCUCGGAGGCACGUGCAACUGCUCCGAAGGAUGCAGCUUGUCGGAUGCGGGACCUUGGAACACGGAAGAAGGAAAGCGCAUCCUUCAAGAAGUCAGAGCGGACAAGGACAAGGAGGUCAAAGCUGCGGCUAAGUAG